UUAUGAGCGUAUACCUGGGAUAUUGUUGAGUGCUAGACAACACGGUUUUAUCUUUUUCUGGAUUUUAUUAUUAAUAAGAAACAUAAACUAAAAGAUGAAAACAAAUGCAGUGAUCCGACUGCUGUCACUGCUGGCGGUCUGUGUGUGCUUUGUACAAAGUCAGACUCCAGAGCUCACCCCAGCUGAUCUGCAAGGCAAAGUCACCACCAACUCUGUAAUACUGAAACAGCCACACUGUUAUUUUAAUAAUACAUGUCCGAGCUGUGACAUAUGGCUGGUGCCUUCACUGAGCUCAGCAACUAGCACCUUUGAUGCGGACCGCACAAACAGCAACAUCCUCAGUCUGUCACCGUACCCAUCAGCAUUCAACACUGCAGCAUCCAAAAACUACUUUCUGACCAGAGUUGGACCUCUGUCGUCCUUCCCAUGUAAUGCAUCCUCAGACGCUCUUUACUUUGUAGUUGGAGCCGAUGGGAAUUGUGGUACUGUCAACUGUAAUGGAGCAUUGCCUACUGGAUCUACUGUGGGAUUCAAGUAUCUUCUUGUCAAUGGAAGCAGUAUUAUUAAUACGACAAACUGGUCCAAUAGCAUCACUCUUUUCACGCCGCAAAACUAUCAAAACAUUAGUGUUGCUUUUGCUGGAAGAUCUGCUGCCAUGGUUGUGAUAACUGCCAUCCUAUGUGGGGUUGUGGGUCUACUUUUACUCUUAUUCUUCAUUAUGCUCUGCGUAGUCUGCUGUAGAACGAAUGACUCGAAGCAAAUUACAGGUAAUAGCUCAAUGCGUAUACCCCGCUAUGACACCCACAACCUACAUGACCGAAUGCAUCCCUAUGACAACCCUGCUUAUGAAAUGGAAAGACACACCGUACCCGGAAAGACGCACACCAUACGCCCUGUCCAGAACAAGAAAAAAUAAUACCAAAAAAUAACCCUGAUACCAUCGGACUGUGCCAGAUGAGCCUACAAACACCAUCACAGCAGAAUCCUGGGCCACAUAUUACUAUGCAGUAUUUAGUAUGUCUAAUGGCAAAACAGAGGAUGGCACUUCUAUAGGCUGGUCUAGAUUAUAAUUAUAUUAUUCAAUAUCAUUACACUCUUUAAAAUAAAGGUUCAUAACAAUAACACAGAACAACAAUUUUCCCCAAGUAACAUUUCAGUCUAAGGUUCCUAUAUAAGAACAAUUUAAACAUGUUUUUUUUUCAAUUUUCCAAUAUCAAGAACCUUUUCUGCAACAGAAGGUUCUGUGCAUGUUAAAGGUGCUUUAUGGUACCCAACAAUGAACCUUUUAGGAAACCUUUUUUUAAAGGUGUAGUUUGAGGAUAAGAUAAAGAAAAGUGGCACAUAAUAUUGUGUUUGUAUGUUACUUUGCUGUCUGUCCAUCAAAAGCUUUUCAAAAGACACUCAGAUGACUUCAGAUCUGUGUCCUCUGAAAUGUUUCCUGUACACUGUUAAAAAUAAAGGUGCAACAAAUGGUUCCUCACAUUGAUGCCAUAGGGUCUUCAAACUUUUUUGUCAGCUGACCCCCCCCUUGACCUGAAUUAUUCAUUUAAAGUACCCCCUGAGAUUUUAAGUAAAUAUUUUAAUUUAGUUUCACUUCAUAUUUAUUGUUACCUGUCAAUAGAUCGGGUUUAUUAGUGCUUAGAUUAUUAUUUAUUUACAUUUUAUGAUUUAAUUGUAAUUGUUUCAUUUUUCGAAUUCAAUUACCGAAUCGCGAACCCCAUUUUGCACAUUCUGCCAUUUAGGAACCAUUUUUGGUUCCAUAAAAAAAGUUUCAGUCAAACAUUAAUAAAAAAAUCAUUUUCAAACAUAUUUAUAGUCUAAAUAAGCAAGAACAAAGAACCUUUGCUGAAACAAAAAAGUUUUUUUUAAGGAACCGAAAAUGUUUUUCUCUUGCAUCGUGUAGCAUCUUUGUUUUUAAUAAUGUAUGUGGUAGAUUUGUAAUCACAAUCUAUUUAAUGUAUCUGUAAAAAUUUUAUAUUUACUUCAAUAUCUUGUAGAAUCAAGAGUAUGUUUAAAAUGUCCAUGCAAUUAUAUUGAGUGCAUUCACUAGAUGGCGCUGUUUAAUAGCCCAGUUUACUGUAAUACAAUGUGUAAAUUAUGUAUGGAUUUAUGUUAUAGUAAGAUUAUUUUAAACAUAAUCAACAUCAUUUAUGGCCCAGGAUGUUUUUAUUACAAACUCGGAACAAAAACAAAUGUCAAGGUGUUUUUAGAUUUUCAUUGUUUUCUUCUGCUGUCUAAAGUUUGAUGACUUUGAACAAAUACUUAUAUAUAUCUGUAUAGUAGUUAUCAUCCAAGAUCAUGUCUGUGACAUCGAGGGCAAUUGUAAAACUAGUUUUCCGUUAAAUUAUGUUUUUUCCGUUAAAGACUGUUCUUGAUAUCAGCUUUAAUAAAAUGGUGAUACUUGUUUCUAA